UCACCAUGGGCCUAGACGAUCUUUUUUCUGGCAAACGAGGAGCAUCACCCUACCUUUCGCUACAUCCUUGAGGACCAUGGUCAGCACCAGGCAACACAUGUGCUCUGAUCCAUCCCCUCAAUCAUGGCUUAUCGAGCAAAGCUAAGCCCGUGCCAUAUAUCGAAUUGUCAUCGACGGUCAGCUUGGGGGUAUCGCGCAACUAACCAGCGCCGACGAAAUCCUGAUCCGUCUUUGCAAUGUCCCAACGGGACGGACGUCGUGGCUCCCGAGUCGCCAGAUGGGCUCACCACAUAUGUAUGUGGCCAGCAUCAGCGACCACACUCUUCAUUUCACCAACUGAUGGGUCCCUCGACGAUAAGGGUUCGUUCGGGUGCACCCCUUCUCAUGGCGAAUCGCUGCCAUACGGACGAUCUGCGGCUUGGUCUCUCUUGGAAACCCGGGGUCAGCAAAGUCCAGUCAGGUGCAACGAACGGCGCCAUAGCUGCAUACAACUUCAUCACCGGAGAGGCACAGUAAGCCAGAUUACUACAUGCCCAUACCUUAUCCAGAAGGUUUAUGCGAACUGGAGCAUCAUGAGGGUGUUCAAAGGCACCACCCCCUUUUCUUCAGUUUCCACCUCGUCCAAACCAGCAUCUACCGCUGCAGGCGACGGGCUAACCAAAGUAUGUACCGUUGGUGCAGUGGAGUACCGUCCGGUAGCUAGUGUUGCUGGAGCUCCAUUCGUCAUCGGACGGAGACGGCUGUGCGGGCCCAUAAUCAGAGAGCAUCCAGCUUCAUUUUUGUGGUCUUGAAGUCAGAUCCAAGGCCUAACCUCAUCUCAGGGCAUCGCUAUGCACAUCGCCCUGGGUUGGAGAUGCUAUACUGAGCUACCAUAUUAUGACUUGAAACGUCGAGGAGGGGAAUAUGACAAUUAGCUAUAUCGACAACGGGCAAAAGCUGGAUGUCAAGAGCCUCCUGAACACCCUGUCGGCGAAACUAACGUGA